AAGCCAAGCCCUCUAUCCUACCAAUCCCCGAGACGCAAUAAUCGUCGGCAGUAUCUUCAGUAUCUUCUCCGGUAAGCCCAGCCCCUCUGGCCCAAGACGAGUCCAGAGCGUCACAAGCCGACUCUGUUACAUUCGAAGAUGUCUUAACGAUCGGGAUAUCAGUAACGCAGAACCACUUGAGAGCUCCCCGUGUGACCAAGGAAUCGACGCUGCACGAUUGCAUCGAGUACUACGCGUCAAUGAUGACCACCAAGACGCUUCGAAAGCGUAAGUCGGUAGAGAACCGCAAGUGCUUUGAAACCGGGCCCCCGAAGUUCAACAAUCGCAAAAUGAGGGCAGACUUCCGCCUGUUUCCCUCCAACAUCGACGACAUGGCUCAUUUCGCAUCACCAAUGUGGCAUGGACGCGAUUUCCCCGUGUCCGACAGCCUGUUGGACAUCUCCACGCCGACCUUCUUUUCCGACGACACGGGCCAGGCAUACGUCGGCCAGCCAGGUGCUGCCACAACCGCAGACGACAGUGAUCACGACACGAAGCCACACAUGGGCUCGCAUUUGGCUUUGUCCGCGCCAUCGUUCAAGGGGCGGGCAUCCAAGCAAACCACGAAGAAGCGCACCUCGAACAAGCUCAUCGAGACGGUCACUCGCGCCGUCAGAGCGGGGAAACGCGCGGUGGCCCCAAGGCCCCGACCUUUGCGGGUCUACAAGCCUCCGCCAUUCCACGAUGCCGAGGAAUGCGGCGAAUGCGAGCCGGCUCUCGUCGGGCCCAUCGCCGAUUUCCAGAUUUCCGACUCGAAGGCCGUGGUCAACUACAUGAUCACGAAGUGCACCCUGUUCCAGCAACAAGGGUGCAAGGUUUGGGUCAAGGCCCUGAUCAAGGGCAUCUGUCCCAAGAAGCAGUCGAAGUUUCCCUACCACAAGGGAAAUGCACCACCAUGGUGGCCUCCCGUUGAGCAUUGUCCCUUCAGAGAGCCAGAUCACGUCAACAAAGACAGUGAGUGGCCUCUAUACCCCUGUUGGUCGCCAUCAGAACUGACCCCGCGACUAAUAGACCGCGUGAGCUUGCUCGUCCACCUGAUCCGCCUGCGACCGUCGCCCGAGCUGCUUCAAGAUUGGAACGGAAGCAGUGAUGAGCCCAACGAGAGCCAUUGUCUCCAGGGCUGGACGGCACUGAUGCGAGAGUUGACUCCGCUCACGCUCUUCAACAACCUGGCCAAAGAGCCCCAAGACAAGGUCAACCGCCGCCCCAAGCUCUUGGAAGAAAUCUUCAGAGUGGCACAAAUGGAGGAGGAUUAUCUGAAUGGCAACAUCGACGGCGAUACCAGGGCUUCAUGGAACCGCGAGGUGCGUUCGGCAAGGACGAGACAUCGAAGGGCACAGCGCUCGCAAGCCCCGUCUGUCAGCUCGGACGACGCACGCCGUGCUCUUGUCUCGUCCACUCCCUCUCCAUCGGAAGACAAGCCUGUCCAAAGAGCAAGGAAGCGGGUAGAGGACCCCAAAGACGUACACAUCGACCUUGGCACCGACGUGGCUCCCUUCUCGGCUUGCAUGGGGCUAAUGAACACUGGUGCCAAUGCCUUCGAACCUCUACCACCCCUGGACUCUUACGUCGGCUCGGACAACAGCAGCUCCCAGACGUCCUCGUACGUGAACACACCGGUCACUGGCUCGUUUGGGUCGUCCAUAUCAGGCUACCAACGCCAUUACGAGCCUUGUGCCGGGCCAAGCACUUUCCCCCACCGGCACGACUGGGCAUACUCCUGUCACGGGCCUACGGAACAGCAGCAGCCAGUGCCAGUGUAUCAGAUGGCCAACACCUCACAGGCACGCAUCGUCUCCACUCCGCUCUUGUUGGACGAGCCAAUGCCAUACUUCGAGUUUGCAGCCAGUCUCAGUCAGGUCAAUGGCGGUCAGGCCUUGAGUGUCCACGGAGACAACUACAUGUAUGCGUUUGGCCACGGGUUUCCCUCGAUGUGGCGUGAAGGCGAGUGUGCGAAUGCCGCAGCUAAUCUGCACCACAUGGAAACCUUCGCUGCCAACGAUAUGCAACUCGUUGAGCACGAACAACCGUAUCAUGGUGGCGGCGGAAGGUCUGAACGGCUGCAGGGAGGGGAGAUGCCAACACCGUUCCAACAUCACCACCCGGAGACGCACGUCCCGUCCGUCCACAGCCCACCACACAUUGUGCGUGGCUUCACAGGCCAUGCUGGCGGUGUCGGUGGCGGAGCCUGGACGUGAGCAUCAACCUCGCCCUUGAUCGCUUGCUUCGCGUUUCGCGUUUCGGCAUU